GAGACACAUGGCGGAAGUGGCUGGAGAGAGGUUGUUCCGGAUCAUCUCAGUGUCCUACCCAACCUAACCGGCUACUGCUCUGGUUGGUAUCCUCUGGUCCUUGGAAUUCGUAGCCCGUGGGGUCCCAGUUGAGAGUGCCCCGAGAGGAGAGAAGCAUGGCUAUUGUGGAUGUCAACACUGUGUUCAAGGAGCUGGUGGUGUUCAGGGAUGUGGCUGUGGAGUUCUGUAAGGAGGAGUGGGAGUGCCUGGGCCCUGAGCAGAGGUCUUUAUACAGAGAUGUGAUGCUGGAGACCUACAGCAACUUUGUGUCACUAGGACUUGCCAUUUCUAAGCCUUUAGUAAUUUCACUGCUGGAGCAAGGCAAAGAACCGUGGAUGGUGGAGCAAGCAGGAUGGUAUCCAGAUUUGCUGUCUGUAAAUGAAACGAAGAAUUUAUCUCUAGAGCGUGGCAUCUUUGGAAAGGAAUCAUUGAAAUGGAAAAUAAUAGAAAGAGUCGGUAAUUCUUGCCUUGAGGAAUCUAGUUUUGGAAAUGACUGGAGAUGCAAGGGACCCCUUGAGGUACAAGCAGAAUCCACAGAGGAGUGUGUACAGAGAGUGGCAGCUCCGUUGGAAAAGAUGCCAGCCGAAUUCAUUCAGCCUGCACCCAUCGCUCUGAGUGAAAUGACUCACUCUGACACAAAACACUAUCAACAGGAGGCAGGCGAAUCCAUUACUCAGCAGGUAAGAGUUCCUGCCAGUGACAAACUUAACGAAGUGUACGAGAACUCGUUUGUCUACUACACGGAUCAGAUGAAGCAUCAGCAGGACUUUGCUGGCGAGAAGUGUGAUGAGUUGAAGGAGUGCAGCAGAGGAUUUGCCUAUGACUUCCAUCUUGCCCCAUAUCAGAUCAAUAAGAAGCCCUAUCAGUGUGAGAUCUGUGGCAAGAUCUUUGAAAAGCACGCUUACCUUGUUCAACAUAAUCGCUUUCACACUGGCGAAAAGCCCUGUGAAUGCAAGGAAUGUGGGAAAGCCUUCACUAACUGCUCCCUGCUCGUCCAGCACCAGAGAGUUCACACGGAUGAGAAGCCCUAUGAGUGCAAGCACUGCGGGAAGGCCUUCCUCUACUUCUCUACAUUUUUUCAACAUCAGAGAACACACACCAAUGAGAAGCCUUACGAGUGUCACAAAUGUCAAAAGGCCUUUAACAAGAGUGCCAACCUUACCAGACAUCAAAGAAUUCACAGCGGUGAGAAACCCUAUGAGUGUAACUUAUGUGGAAAGACUUUUACUUGGGCUUCCAACUUGAAUGAUCACCAGAAAAUUCACACUGGUGAAAAACCUUAUGAGUGUAACUACUGUGAAAAGGCCUUUCUCUGUCAUUCAGCAUUCAUGAAACACUAUAGAACUCACACAAAUGAGAAGCCCUAUGAGUGUCAGGAGUGUAUGAAGGCCUUUAGGCAGAAAGCACAUCUCAUCCAACACCAGAGAGUCCACACUGGCGAGAAACCUUAUGAGUGUAAGGAGUGUGGGAAGGCCUUCGCUUGUCCGUCAUACUUUAAUAGACAUCAGAGAAUUCACACUGGGGAGAGGCCUUAUGAAUGUAAAGAGUGUGGAAAGGCUUUUAUCGAUUGUAAAACUCUUAUUCUACACCAGAGGAUCCACACUGGGGAGAAACCCUUUCAAUGCCAGCAGUGCAGCAAGGCCUUUAGACAGAGGUCCCACCUUACGCAGCAUCAAAGAAUCCAUACUGGCGAGAAGCCCUAUGAAUGCAAGGAGUGUGGACAGGCCUUUACUCGGCUCUUGCAGGUGAAGAAGCACCAGAGAAUACACACAAUGGGAGAAAUUCUAUGUAUUUGAAUACUGCCCUUUAUUUGUUCAACAUCUUCAUGUAUAUAUGGAAGAAAAAUGUUGAUAAGAUCAGAAAUAUGGGAAACACCCAUAGGUGUCCCUCAGCUACCCUGAUCCUGCUGAGAAAAGCCUGGAAGUGAGGCGUAUGGAGCCUCUUAACAUUGUGUAAUUUAUACUGUGGUGAUUAGAACAGGAAGCCCUCGUUCUUUUCAGCUAUUCGAUACCGAAUAAGAGUUCGUAAGAAAAGACCAUCUGAUAACUGUACUUUUUUUUUUGCUUUAUAACCUACAAUUUAUUGAACAUUAAUACACAUAGGAAAAAUAAAAAUUAAAUUAUGACUAGAAAUACUAAUUCUAUUACCAGUAAAAGGGUUACAUUUAAUUAUAGCUAUAGAAAAUGCCACAUAGAGAAUGAUUGCAUGGGCCUUCUUGGUGUAGACACUAUCCCGCGCAUCAUUUGCCACCCGUAUUUUAUUAUUAGCUAACUUCUGCACUUCAGAUUGCUGCCUGUUAGUCAGGAGUAAGGCUCUUGUGAAGACUGAAUGAAUUUAGUAGAGGGAACUUUGGCAUAGUCAGUAGCAUGGAAGAAGGAUUAGGAAAUAUUAGGAACCAUCUAUUUAUCAUAGUCUUCGUUAUUAUUAGUAGAAUGUUCGUGUGCAUUUUAUUAAUGCCAUCUCCUGUCAGCUUGUCCCAUAGCAAAGCUCUCAUGGUGAGUUUUGGCAACAAUGGUCGGAGCAGAACAUGCUGAGCAGCUUUUCACCUCAGCUUCAGUUGAACCAGGCAGUUGACUCUGGCGCGUCUGCCGGGACUCACUGCAUUUAGCUGGAAGGUGGGCUCAAAGUGUCCUCCGUAGCAGAAACUGUGAGUUUACUUAUACAGGACAGAUGGGUUUGCACAGGAUGGGAAGUGGAACACAUUUGCAAUCUAUAACCAUCACCAUGUAACUUCUGGAUUACGUGAAAAAUUCAGUCUGAAAAUACAGCUUGCUUCAGUGUGGAAGAUAGGCAGCUCUACGUAAUAAAACAUGAUACAGCUCAUUUGCAUAAAUGCUAUAAAAUAUUCAAUAAAAUCAAUAAAUUCUAGAGUUGUCAGCAGAAAUAGAUAUUAUUAUAAUAAUUGAUUACUUAAUUUAAAGGAGCUUAAGAAAAUCAGUAAAAUCGGUAACUGGACCUUAACAGUUUUUCCCAAACCAUCUGAUACGUUAACUGGAUUUUCCAGGUCCUAAGGAGACAUUUGGAAGACACAGAUGUAACAGUCAGGGCUAAUGGGAAGGAAGCAGAACAUUUGCAGGCAGAAAUAUUGUCGGUUGUCUUUGGUGGGUUUUAUUUCAAGACAGGGUCUCUCGUAAUCCUGUGGCAAUCCUCCUGCUUCAAAACACUGCUGGGAUUAGCAGUAUGUGCCCCCACACUGCCUUGAACUCAGUCGGGAGCCAUUGAACCGUUCCCAGCCCUCUAUUUUCUGAGGCCUGGUCUUGCUAAACUGCCAAGGCAGGCCUUGAGCUCAUCUCCUUGCACUGGCCUCUGACAGCUGAGAUUACAGACAUCUGCCACCGGGUACAGCUAGAAAGGGUUACUGCUAUGAAAUAAUUUGUUCAGUAUUAUUUGACUUAAAUUUGAAAUGUUUAGAGUAACUUUUGAUGACUAUAUAUAAAUUUUUCCGACAGAUUCACAGACCCAUAGAAUCAAACCAGUAUACUCUUAAAAAAGUAGGAAAAUGGCUGUGUUCCCGUAAGUGAAGCCUGUGACAGUGUUCAAGCAGUGAAGUAAGAUGUUGUUUGCCAUAGGAUCAUGUGGCCCAGGCUGCGGCUUCCCCAGUGCUGUCGUACCAGAUAGCAGGGACAUUUGAAACAGAUUGUCAACAUAAUACCUUUGCCAGUCCAUCCUUUUCGUAAGGUGCUCUGUCUUAACCGAGUAUGUUGGUGCACUCAUGUAAUCCCAGCGCUGGGAAGGUGGGUGUAGAAAAUCAGGAUUGUUCAAGUCUAACUUGGGCCACAUGAGACCCUGUCUAUGUUAGAAUCAUAGAAGGUAGCUGAGAAAAGCAGAAGCAACCAGUAAUCAAAAUAAGACCACAGACAAAGACGGUGAACCUAGAUGGAGCCAGUGGGAAGUUGUGUGGUGGGAUGGUAGACAUUGUCUCAGUAAUUCCAAAAGCUAUUUGAAUAGGCUGAUUACUGUAGUUGAAAGAAAGGUUUUUUUCUUAUUUAAAUGAAAGACUAGGUUGCUGUGGGACGUUUGGAAUUGUACCCCUCGGAAGCUGAAGAUAAGAUUGCUGUUGUUUCAGACUAGCUUGGGGUACAUAGAACAACCCCACCUCAAAAAUAAAUAGAUAGAUGGAUGGAUGGAUGGAUGGAUGGAUGGAUGGAUGGAUGGAUGGAUAGAUGAUAGAUAGACAGACAGACAGAUAAGACAGUGCUACAAAAGGAUCGAAAUUAAAGGAUGGGGAGAGGAACCCAUGCUGUUGAGAUAUUAACCAAAGAAAUCACACAAGGAAGAGCUGAAGAACAAAAAUGAUUUGCCAAAAAAAAAAAGAAAAAGAAAAUGGAAAAAAUGACAUAGUGUUCAAAGAUUCAUCUCAUUAAAAGGAUUGAAUGUUUUUAUUUGUAACUAAUAGCACAGCCUCCAUAAAUAAAAAGCAAAGGUUAAACUACAAAGAGAAAAGACAGCUUGGAUUUUAACGUGCCUGUCUUGAGCAAAAUCAGGAUAGAACAUUUGGACAAAUACCAAUGAAAGGCUUAACAGACAUACCUGGACUCCAAAUUUACAAAAUAUUCUUAUAUAAGGAAUUAUUUACUGUGUCUUGAACUUCAAGUCUGAAUAAGUCUCAGUUGGUUCAAAUUAUAUACGAUGCCUUCUUGCAUAGGCCCAGAGAUGUCUCUCCAUAUCUUUGGAAAUAAACUUUUCAAUAACUUCAGAGUAACCACUAGUUAGAACUUGAUAGAGCUGAGGGGAAAUACUUCCCCUCGGAUAACCUAGGGAAUGCAAGGGUCAGGUCCAGAAAACUGAGGUCAGUGAGAAAUUCACUGACUCAAGGUGAUGGAGAGUUUUAAAAGAUGAAAGGAAGAAUAGGUUGAAAGCAGCAAUUCACUGGGAGGCAAGCAUCCAUAUAACUUGUUAAGCAGCUGACAUAUUCUGGGGCGAUCUUUAGCUGUUAAGGAAUUGUCGAAGCCAGGUGAGGUGUUACACAUCUUUAGUCCUAGACUUCAGGAAGCAGAGGCUAGAUGAUCUCUGAGUUCCAGGUCAGCCUGUCUACACAGUGAGACCCUCCCUGUCUUGGGGGGCGGUGAGAGGGGAGGUAAGGGUGUGAGAGGUUUGGAGCCGUAGUAUCUAAGGCCUGCAUUCCAGCACUCAGGAGUGUAAGGCCAGGGACAGCCUUGGCUACACAGCGAGACUCCUUCCCCUCCGCACUGAAACUAAAUCCUUUACAUUAUUGAAGCAUACGUCCAUUAGUGUUUCUAAGUGUAGAAAGUGGAAUAUAUUAGGAAAUAAAGACUAACUCCCUUGCUCAUGGUCCUUGUCCGUGUAGUGUUAUUGUUUGGCCUCCCCACAGUUAACUGAAUCAGUCCCUCACUGAGGUACAUAGUCUUCUCCCCUUGGAAAUACAGAAUGAGGUGACUGUCGUUGUACAUAUUAGCUUCUAUGUGCAGGUGUCUAGGAAAGCUCCACCCCUGGGUUGCCUUUGCUGUUUUGAGUACAUGUGCAUUUACAAAAGGCCAAUAGCAGUUGGUUCUUUCUCGGAUGUUGUGUAGCUCCCUUUCCUCUGCCUUUGCUGACACAUUAUUAAAGUCUGAUUUGCCAUUCUGUUAAGUGAAAUGUAAUGACAGUUUUAAUUUGCAUUUUUCUGCUGAAUGUAAUUUGCUUUUAAUGCCAUUCUUUCAUAUUUUCAAAUACUGCAUUUUCUGUGAACUGUCUUAAUACUAUUUUCUGGUGAAUGAUUGUUUUCCUGCUGGCUGUGUAAUACUUAUGACCGUUUUCUCUAGUUUAUGGUUACAUUAGUUGUUUUUUUUUUUGUUUUUUGUUUUUUGUUUUUUUUUUUUAAUGUCAGAUUUGGGUUUGUAAAUGUAGCCAGUUCAUGAUUGGAAGAAAUCUGUUUUGGUGGUGAUGCUUGUAAGUCAUUUUUCAUCCCAGUAUAUUUUCAAAGGUCCCUUGCUUUCCUCUUAUGGUUGAUGUUAUGAUUUACAAUGUAAAUACUGCAGCUUGGGUAUGCGGAGAUUGGCAGGGCAUCAUGUCCCUCUUCGUGGAUGGCGACUUGGAUGUCUCAGCACUCGGUCCUGUCAGUUUUAACACAAACAAGCUGUGUUCCUAGAUUUCUGGACUUAACUCCCCAACUUUAAAUGCUGUUUUUAUUUUGAGAUAAGUCUUGCCUAGGUUGGCCUUCACGUCCUGACCCUCCCAUAGGCUUCCUACAUGCUGGAAUUACAGGUGCAUGCCCACAUCAGGUUGGACCUCUGCCCAGCUGAUCUGUUCCCCCAUUCCUCUCCUCUGCUCCCUUUAAUCCCAGAACUCAGAAUGCAGAGGCAGGAAGAUCUCUGAAUCUAAGGUAGCUUGGCCUACAUAGAGUUCCAGGCCAGCCAGGACUGCACAGUGAGACUCUGUGUGUUGCCUGUGCAUGUGAGCACGGGCGCUUUGGAGACUUCUGUGGAGUCAAGGCAUCAGAUCACCUGUGGCGGAGUUGAGGUGGUUCUGAGGCACUGGGUGUUAGGAACCUGAAACCAACCACACUCAGGUCCUCUGCAAGAGCAGCGAACGCUCUUACUCACUGAGCCAGCUCUCCAGCCCCUCUUUCCUUUUGAAAUACGGCCUUGCAAUGGAGUCCUGUCUGACCCAGGGCCUGUGACAGUCCUCCCUCUGCCUCUAGAGUGUUGUGAUUAACCGUCACCUAUCUUGGAUCUGUUUCUUGGCUUUUAUGGCCUGAUGAUCUCCCUUUCUUUUCUUGCUUUUAAUCAGAGGCAGGUGGAUCUUCUGCGUACAAGGCCAGCCUGAC